UACGCGUGUAAUUUAUUUAAUUAGGAAAAAAAUCAAUUCAAGUCGAAGACUUUUUACUAUAAACCAUUUAUAGUUAACAUCUGACAGUUGUUGAGAGAUUUAAUUACUGUCACGAUAUAAUUAAGUAAUUAUAGUUCCAAUUAAUUAUUGGUACAUUUAUAUAAAUAUACUUGUAUCAGUUAGUACUAAAUGAAUACUUUAAGGGAAAACAAUACUUUAUCAUCAUCUCCAGCAUCUAUGAAAGAAGAAGAAAUUAGUGGAACCAAUAGUAAUAGUAAUAAUAAUAGUAAUAAUAAUAAUAAUAUUCAUAAUAAUAAUACUAGUACUAUUAAUAUGUCUACUGCUGCUACAGCUACGUCCAAACCAAUUAAACCAAAGACUCCUUUGAAAAAGGAAGAAUUAGAAAAGAUAGCUCUUGAACUUCGAAAGAAAUUAUCAAGAGCUUCAAUAACUGCUAAAAAAUCUUUAUCACCUGGGGAUAUAAGAGAUAACUCAAAUUCAAAUUUAAAUUCAAAUUCAAAUUCAAUUUCAAAUUCAAAUGGUAAUCAUGAUAUUUCAUCAAAUUCUAUUAUUUCAAAUAAUAAUACUAGUAGUAAUAAUAUAGCUAAAUCAAGUCCAUUAAAGACCUAUAUAUUAAGAAAACAAUUAGCAUCAUCUCCAAUUAACAAUAGUGUUACAACGGGAUUUUUAUCAUCUUCACCUAAUAAUUUAUAUUCACCAUCAGGAAAAUCACCAACUCAUAUUAAAACUCCAGCUGCAAUUUAUUUAUCAUCAUCUCCAUUAAAAAAUGUAGCUAAUAUUUCUAAUGAAGAAGAUUCUCCAACUAAAAGAAGAAAACAUUCACCUUCAAGAUCAGGUAAUAGAUCUCCUCAAAUGAUUUUGGAAGAGAUAUCAAGACCAAAUACUCCUUCUAGUAUUAAUAGACCAUACCCUGCUGUUUUAAAACCAUCACUUGAUUUAACCAGUAAUAAUAAUAAUAAUCAUGAUGAUAAUCAAAUGAGAUUAAAACAACAACAAACUACUCCUACAUUACAAAAGAAAGAUUUGGCCUUUGUUAACACUCCAAAUAUUUUAUUACAAACUCCAAAACAAUCAAGACCAUCAACAGUUACUAAUGGAAAUUAUAAUGAUGAUGAAGGGGCCGAUCUUUUAAUGUAUUUGGCUACAUCACCAUCACCAGCCAAGCCUCAUUAUUCAAAUACUCCACGUACAUCUGCUUUAUUACAACAACAUACACAAUUUCAAAAUGCUGGGGCUGGUCCUUCAUCAUCUUUAACUUCAACUUCAACUUCGACUUCUUCAGGUAUAAUGAAAGUACCUCCACCAUCAUCAGUAUCUUUCAUAGUUCCACCUCCACCUGUAACACCCAAGAGACUUCCAAAUUCUUUAGGUCAUAAUUUAGCCAAUACUAAGACUCCUCAAAAUAGAUUAACUCCUUCAGUAAAUUUAUUUAAUGCAUCAGCUGGUGGAGCUGGUGGAUUACCAUCUCAAGGAUUAACAUUAACCCCUAAUGGAUUUAAUAUGAAUGAUUAUGUAAAUUUCUUUACUCCAUCACCUAAUUCUGCUAAUUUAGGUAAUGCUAAUGCUAAUGCUGUUAGUAAGAAUUUAUUAAGAACUCCUGAUUUUAAUAAUUUAUUAAAUGGUGCUACUCCUCAUAUAACAGUUGAUGGUAGAUCAAAAGUUGAUGGUAAAUUAUUAAAUUUUAAUAAAGUAUUAUUUAAUAAUAAUGCCUCUAGUCCUCCAUCAUCCUCGGGUUCCAAUACUGCUACGGCUGGUUUACAUACAGAUGGGUCAUCUAAGGAUUAAUUCCUUCCCAAAUCAAAACAUUUCUAUUUCUUUCAAUUUCAAUUUCAAUUUCAAUCAUAUGAUUUCUAUUCUACACU